AUGCUCCGGAAACGUGACAAACAUCCGGUAGAAGUAGGGCUAUCGUCAUAUUCCUCACCCGAAAUCCACCAGCGCCAGCUCGAAUAUCAUAACAUCAACAAACCUUUGCUGGACUCCACGGUAUAUGUUGAGAAUCCGCCGACCUCCAGGAUAUUGGCUGACAACGAACAGCCUGCCAUACCAGGUGUCACGCCCUUGGAUAGGAUCUACUACGAAAACAAUUGGACCUUCACGCGAAGUCUGCUCUGCCGUAAAUACGUCAAGGAUGUCCCGCCUGAGGCCAGCGGUAUUUGUUACGAGGAUCCAGAUCUCAUGAAAUUCGAGUUAUUCCUCAAUGCAGCCGCCGAGAGGAAUGACCUGAGCUUCAUCUCGAUGGGCUUAUCCACUUGGGAUUGGGAAAUUUUGGCUUCCAAAGGUGUUGCUUUACCUGAUGUUGCCCAGCGCAAAUCUGUCUCAGAGACAAGAGACCAUGUGAGAGCCUUGAUCCUGAAGCUCGCACUGACCAACGCAAGGAGUGAGGAUCCGUUGCUCCGGAUUCUCGAAGCCUUAGCAUCUCUCGAAAGAGCCGUAGCGAAGGACUUUACAUCGCGAGGACAGAGCAUCACUGACUUGGUCUACAACGCCCAGGCCGCUCAACGAGGUGCCUACGCCGCUCAACAAGAAAGUCGAGAUCUAGGCCGAAUUAGUUGGAUCGCCUUCAUCUCAGGGCCAUUGAUAGCUGUGUCGGUAUGGCUCUGUCCUUACCGACAAAUCCAUCUUAUCUCCUAA